ACCGGUCCCGUUCAGGCACCCGCAUCUCCCUCUACUGAGGACUGCUGGAGUGCCGUUCGUCUGCGUGUAAAGCGCCAGGAAGAGCAACGUCGAAAGGCGGUGGCUGGAGCGCGACGGAGUCUCCAUCUCAACGUGCAUGUCGGUGGCGGUGAGUUCUCACAGAACCUCAGGCCCCAGCAUUCCGUGCCAGGACCAGUGCAACCUUCCAACGCGGAGGCUGCUGGACGGUUAUCCACGCCAUCUGCCUUCCGAUUCGCUGUCGGGUCCCACGCCGGUCUGCUGGAGACCUCCCUGGUGAACGGCCUGGAUACGAAGGGCGUGGAUGAAAUCUUACAGUUGCAACGUGCUCAGGGCCCUGAUGCCAUCAUUGAAUGGUUCCGGCACUUUGAGGCACCGCGGCUCCUCCGGAUGUUCACUGCUCCCGGUGUCUCGCCCACACUUCAAAUUCCCUUGUGGUUUCAUGGCAUCUUAAAGAGAAGACAAGCCGAGGCGUUACUGUCUGGCAAGGCCGCGAACAGUUUCCUACUUCGAGUCAGCGAGAGCUUUCUGGGCUAUGUCAUCAGCCAUGUGGGCGCGGAUGGUGUCUGUACCCACUUCUUCGUCCAAAUUAGCAAACCAUCGAAGGAUGCGAAUGCGGUAACACCGGAGGAGGAAUAUACGUGGUAUCAUUUGUUCGGCUUACCCGACCGGGCAUUCUCCACGUUGGGCGGACUCAUUGAACACUACGGAGUAAGUCUAAGAGGCUUCGGUUCUGCCAAUUGCACAGGGUUUUCUCGCCCUUUUUGCUGA